AUGCCUACAAUUCAGCAAAUGGGAUUAGUCACUGUUGCCGACGUGGGUUACAGAAACCCUAUUGUUGAACUAGGUAGUGAUUGGCUUAAUCAAGUAACUAGACUCACUAUGGGACAUCUUGGACAAGGUCUUGGCUGGAUCAAUGAGAAUUUCGGAAGUUCUAACAUUGUUCAGGAGGAAAUUCAGAGAGUGGAAGUAGGGAUACUGAUGGAACCAGGGAGAAUUCCUUUUUUGCAACAAGGGAAGGGGCUGUUGUUGGACGGAAGCAUUACAGAAGAAAGACUAAGGAUGCAGGCAAAAACUGAGGCUCUGGGAAUUGGUGCACAGUCCUCUCAUCCAAGGAGUAUAACUUCCAAGGUUGAAGGCGUUACAAAUUCUCAUUCGGGUAGUGGCCUACAAGAGGAGAAGAUUGUUAUUCGGGGAGUCACCUUAUUGAUAUUUGACAAGGCUAUCCUGGAGCCUACAUUCUGCCCCAUGUAUGCUCAGCUGUGUUCAGAUCUCAAUGAGAAGUUUCCUCCAUUCCCAUCUGAAGAACCUGAAGGGAAACCAAUUACAUUUAAACGGGCUCUUUUGAACAUAUGCCAGGAGGCCUUUGAAAGUGCUGAGAGGUUGAGAGAAGAAGUUAGGCAAAUGACUACUCCUGAGCAAGAGAUGGAACGUAGAGGUAAAGAAAGGAUUCUCAAGCUUCGCAAUCUAGGAAACAACCGGCUCAUAGGGGAGCUUCUUAAACAGAAGUUGUUUCCUGAAAAGCUUGUUCAUCACAUUGUUCAGGAGCUCUUAGGACCUGAUACAGAAAGUUGUCUAGCAAAGGAGAAUGUUGAGGCUAUAUGCCAGUUGUUUAACACCGUUGGGAAACAGUUUGAUCAUAACCCAAAAGCUCGCAUUGCUAAUGAGUUGUAUCUUAACUGCUUGAAGGAACUAUCAGACAACCCACAGCUUGCUCCAUGCCUGAGAUUUAUGAUUCAAGAUGUUCUUGAGUUAUCUCAAUCUGAGGUUGCCUCCAUUCCCAUCCGAAGAACCCCAAGGGAGACCAUUUACCUUCAAGUGGGUUCUUUUGAACCAUUGCCAGAAGAGGGUGCUGAGAAGUUGAGAGAAGAGGUUCGGAAAAUGACUGCUCCUGAGCAACAGAUGGAACGUAGAGAUAAAGAAACGAUUCUCAAGCUUCGCUAUCUUGGAAACAUCCGGCUGAUAGGGGAGCUUAUUAGGCGCAGGGUGGUUCCUGAUAAGAUUGGUCAUCACAUCGUUAAGUUUGAUUAUGGCCAAAAUGCUCGACAAGCUAAUCAGGUGUACUUUGACUGCUUGAAGGAACUAUCAGAUGACCCUGAUCAGUUUGCUCCUCAACUGAGAUCUAUGAUUCCUCGUUGUUCUUGA